CCGUUUUGUUACAACUUCUUCAAGCUUGAGAUUGAAGAAAAGUAAAAUAGUAAAGAGUUUUUCGGUUUAUUUUGCUUUAUUUAAUUGCAAUAACUGCACUGAAAUAAAAGCUUGGAACCACGCAAAAGUUAUAUGCUGGUUUGAAAAAGCCACAUAAGUCAUGGAAGAGUUAACGGCCAGCUUGAAAAGUUACAAAGUCCAAUACGCGCAAGUGGAAGCUGCUCUUGCUGCCGAUGAAGAAAACGAUGAAUUGCUCAAGUUAAAACAAGAUCUAGUUGAAGUUAUUCAACUUACAGAAGAUUUAAUUAGCGCUGAAAAUGAAGAUGGUCAAGGCUCAUCUAAAUCCAAACCAAAGUUAGAGUGGGGUAUUGGAGAUAAAUGCUUAGCUUUGAAAGCAGAUGAAGGAAAGUAUUAUGAAGCUGUAGUAGAAGACAUACUCGCUGAGAGUGAAUAUGUGGCGGUCGCAUUUUGUGAAAGUGGAAAAUCAGAUAUUUGUCAAAUGUCGGCCCUCAAACCUGCAAUUGGUGGUAAGGCUGGACCAGGUUCUUUGCAUUGGAAAAGCAAAAACCACUUGAAAAAGGAGCAAUCUAUUGCCCAGCGUGAAUACAGAAAAAAGAGAAACUUGAAAAAGAAAAUGAGAUUAAAGGAGAAAGAGGCCGAGUCUGAAAUUUCCAAAAACAAAUGGAAAGAUUUCAACAAAAAAGUUUAUUCAAAGACUUCAAAGGGAAAGGUAAAAAGAAGUAUUUUUGCUUCUCCUGAAGGGGCGGGUGGUAAGGUAGGUAUUGGAACCUGUGGUGUAGCAGAUAAGGAGAUGACCAAAUAUGACCAUGGAGCAAAAUACAAUGCACGUCAUCUUGUACCAAGAUGAGAAUUCUAUAUAAUCACUCAACUUAUAUGAUCUAUUCUAUCUGGGUACUGGAGUAAUACUCUCCUGCUAUUGCAGUUUUUAGUCAGUUUCUUUUCUUUUGUACAAGAUACAAUUAUGUUGUCUUGUAUACUGCUUGGGUUUUUUGAAAUGUAAUUUUGAGUUGAGUAGUAAGGCUUAUUACUUCAUAACGUGUACAAACAUUGAAUAAAUAAAAUUCAAGCAGGAA